CAAAGUACACUUGAAGGUCUUUUUGGAAUAAUUCGAGAACUGGGUAAAGAUUCCUCAACACAAAUACUGAAAUCCUAUGGCCAUGCAUUAAAUAAAUAUCAAAUUACAGCAUUAGUUUCAUCCAAAAUAAAAAGUUUUAAUUAUGGAAAUACUAGUUGCAAUGGAUAUGAAAUUAGUAAUUUAACAAGAAGGAUUAUUGAAAAAUAA